AUGGCAACCGAGAAAACCGCCCUCCUUCUCCUCGACGUACAGAACGGCAUCGUCAACCGCCUCGAAAACACCUCCCAAUACCUCCAAACCCUGUCAACAGUGACACAGGUGGCCCGCAACGCCCAACUCAACAUCAUUCAUGUGGUAACAGCCUUCCGUGCUGGUCAUCCAGAAUGUAACCCUCGUAACCUCAGUGUGGCCAGAGCCAAGGAAAUGGGGGCUUUCCGUAACGACGAUGAGUCUACCCAGGUUCACCCUGCCGUGGCACCCCGCGGCGAAGAGCCUAUCGUGACCAAGUAUCGUGUCUCGGCUUUUACUUCCACGGAGUUGGAUCUUAUCCUCCGGUCGAUGGGUAUUACAGAGGUGGUAAUGGCAGGGCUCAUUACCAGUGGAGCUGUGCUGUCGACCGUUCGUGCGGCUGCGGAUCUCGAUUACAGUGUGAGUGUCUUGGAGGAUGGGUGUAUGGAUCUGGAUCCGGAGGUGCAUCGGGUUUUGAUGGAGAAGGUUUUCACGCGCCAGGGACGCGUUGUGAGUUCGAAGGAGUGGGUGGAUGAGAUUGCGAAGUGAUUUGCUGUUAGUUGUAAUGAGUGUGAUUGUCU